AUGAUUAAAAAUAUUGUACAGAGUGAUGUUUCAAAUAAUAUUACCGAUGAGCACAAAUUAACUAAUGACGACAUUGUGGACCAUAGGGCACCAUCGAUCCCCAAUAGCACUACAGUAUCUAAUUUUGAUAAUGUACCGAAACAUACACAACCAAAAACAAUAGAGAAGCCAAAGAUUAAUAUCACAGCUAAAGAUUCCCUUUUUUUAUUAAAUUAUUCAAAUAUACCCCCAUCACAAAAGUCAAACUCCGAUGUUUCUCUCCGAACUGAUAAGAUUCAAUCUAUUCACGUCGAUGAAUUCGCUGCAUUCAUUUAUAUUGAUAUACCUAUUGUGGAUUAUUAUAACUAUAAAAUGGAUAAUAACCAUGAGUUUAAUGGUAACAUUAACAUAAAUAAAAUUGUUAAAAAAGUUAAAAUUAAUAAGAUAAAAGAUUUAAUUAUGAAUGCCGUUAUAAAUAAUAAUAAAGGGCUAUGGGAUAAAAUAAAAGAAACAUCAAAAAAUAAAGAAGUCAAAGUUGAUAUAAAAAUAUACUCAUCAGGUUCUUUGAUAUAUGUGGAAACUAUAAAAUAUGUUAUGGAAACCAUUUAUAAUAAUCUGAUGACACCAAAGAGGACAGAUAGUAUUAAACUUCAGUUUCAUGUCGAGGUGUCAACCAUUUCUUUGAAGUGGCUGAACUCAUUCAUCGAUAAUCAGCAUUUAUUGGGUAGAAUUAAAUUUAUAAAUAAAAAUCCAGGUAUUUUACAUCAUAAAAAUUACAAUAACCCGUUUAAAGAUUAUUUUAUCCUAUUAAACGAUCGAUACGUUAAUUAUGAUCGUAACAACAUAAAUUUGCAUAAUACACAGGCAUAUACUAAACUGGAAUCUAUAAUAGUCAUUACUAAUAAUACUGGCAUUAAGGCAUUAUUAACUAUAUUAUCAGAUAAGCCGUUAGUUAAAUUGAUUUCUCAGGAAUCUUUAGCAUAUUUAGAUGAGUUUGAAAAAAAUAAUCUAACAGAAAAACAAACAGAUGAUAUCGAAUCAGCCAACACAAAUGGUACUACAAUAAUUGGCUCCCCUAGAUUGAGAAGAGAACCAUCUUCUAUUAUGUCUUUACAAAAUUCGAUGUUAACGUCAAAUAAAGGGAAAUCUGUACGAAUAAGGUCAUUAUCAAUCAACAAAAAUAAACUCAAUGAUAAAAAUAAUAUAUGUCAAAUGGUAGACGGUGUCAAAAAUCUUAACUUAGAAAAUUCGUCCUUUAAUGAUCCUGAUUUUUAUUCCUUUUCUGACUCAGAUGAAGAUAAUAGUUCAAGCGAUGACGAAUCCGGAGAUAUGUUAUCAAUUGUUAUACCAACAAAACUUUCUAGAACUAACUCGGAAAUGAAUAUGCAUAAUAAAUUAUAUUCAAAAACUGCAAAUAGAUUUAGGUCAUUGAGUUUAAUAGAUCAAAAUCAUGGUAAACAUAAUAGAAAUUUUGGUGAUAAUAACAAUAAUACUGUGCUGAAAAAGAAUAAUACAUCCGUUAAUCUUAAACAAUAUAAACACUAUCCUUCGAUAGUUUCUACAAUGGAACCAUUAAAAUUAGUUGAUAGUAGAAAUAGUACAGAUUCAAGUUAUACGACAACCGAUAUUACAGAUGAAGAAGAUAUAGAUUUAGAUGAGGUUUAUCCAGUAGGCUAUAAGUCAAGAAGGGAUUCUGAGACCGACAUAUUAACUGAAAAUAAUCAUUCAAAUAUUGGAAAUGAAAAGAAAUUCAGUAAUAUAUAUGUCCAUGAUGGAGAUUUUAAUGAUAUUAUUUUAUACCCAUCGUCUAUUAGUAAGAAGAAAAAGAGAAGAAAAACGUUAACAAAUGGUAUUGACGACGGUACAGUUAAUGUCAAUGCUGGUCUAAUACCUCCAGAAUUUUAUUCAAGGAUAUCUACCCCGGCCUCAAGCAGAACUAAUUCAAAUGUAUCGAUUACAAAUAUGACAUACGUUAUUCCUCAGAAAAUAACAGGAGUAGAUCAAUCGAAUAAUUGCAACGAUAGAAUAUUUGAGAAGAAUUUAAUUAAAAAAUCUUUUGAGGAAGUAAGAAGUCAGAAUUCUAUGACUAAUUUGUUCGAAACGUUGAUUGGAGGUUAUAAUUAUGAAACGGAUAAUGACCCUAAUCAUAAUCCAUUAGCUUUGAAUUUUAAAUCAAAAGCAAAACGUCAAAAUAAUUUCCCAAACUUUUCUUCUCUGUCAUCUAGACAAGAUGAUAUUGCCGAAGCGGAUGAAGAGGAUAUGAUGAUGUCAGGUAUAACUGAGAAAAUUAAUGAUGAGACGGGGUAUAUUGGACCGGAACCAGUGGGCAGUACAGAACAAAGGAAAUCAACUGUAGUGGAUAACACAGAUCUCAAUAAUUAUCUAUUAGGGAAGGAAAUCAGCAAUGAUAAUCAAAUAAAACCUAUAAAUAAAAUUCAAUCAACUGGUGGAUCGUUGUCAUUUAAUCUAUCUUUUAACAGAGAUAAUUCGGGCAAUGCAGAUUUUAAGAGCGAUUCUUCAUCAAUAGCGACACAACCUAAUUCUGGAAUUAAUUUUGGAUUGUCGUUAUAUGAUGAAGAUAGUGAUAGUAAUGAAACAAUAACUUUGGAUACUUUAAAUGGUGGCAGCAACUCUAGGCAGUUUGAAAAGGUUAAUAAUAAUGCAAAUUACAAAAAAGUGUUUACAGUUGAUUUGUAUGGUGAUGAUGAUGUUGGUAAUUCGGAUGCAUGGUGCUUUGGUAAUAACAAAUAA